GUGGGAAUAUAUUUAUUGUCCGAUCCUGCUAAAGCGAAGUUCUGCGACCGACCCAGAAAUUAGAGGAUUUUUUCGCCACCUCCAUCAUGAUUUAGCCGAAAACAAAGCGUUUAUAGGUAGUAAAAACUAUUAUUCAAGAUGUCUAGUCAUACAAAGACGAAAAAGAAGAAGAGAUUCAGGGUUAUGAGCCAGAAAGUGAAAGUCUUUCGCUCCAAAAAUCCGCUCCUCAGCGUGUUGAUGUGGGGAGUCAGUCAUUCGAUCAACGAGCUCUCGCAUGUGAACAAUCCAGCCAUGUUAAUGCCUGAUGACUUCAAAGCGUUCACAAAACUUCGCGUGGACAAUCACCUCUUCAACAAAGAAAAUUUCCCAAGCCAUUUCAAGUUCAAAGAAUAUUGCCCUUUAGUCUUCAGACAGCUUAGAGAACGUUUUGGUAUUGAUGAUAACCAAUAUGCAGCAUCUUUUCAGUCAUCACCUUUGGUCAUUCCCUCACCUGGUCGCAGUGGUGCAAAGUUUUUUAUCUCCAAAAACAGGAAGUUCUAUGUCAAAACAAUAGAAGGUGAAGAUAUUGAAAGACUUCACAACAUUCUUCCACAGUAUCACCAUUACAUUGUAGAAAAACAUGCAAAGACACUGUUACCACAGUACUUGGGUGUGUAUCGGAUUACUGUGGACAACAAGGAGACCUACCUUUUAGUAAUGAAGAGUGUAUUCAGCUCUAAGUUCAAGAUACACAAGAAGUACGACUUGAAGGGCUCAACAGUAGACAGACAAGCCAGCUCCAAGGAAAAGACAAAGGAGAAUCCUACCUUCAAGGACAAUGAUUUCACAAAGGACAAUGCAAAGCUACGCAUUGGUGAUGAUGUCAAGAAAGACUUGCUACAAAGAGUCAAGGAUGACGUAGAGUUUUUAACAAGUCUAAACAUAAUGGACUACAGCCUACUGGUGGGCAUUCACGAUGCUGAAGCUGGGAAUGAUGUUGACGACGUCUUAGAGGGUAUAGACAGUAAUGAAGACAGCGAACCUGAGUCUCCUCGUGAGGCUGACUCACCCCAAGAAUCCGACUCCCCCGGAGAGGCUGAGAUGCCGCUAUCUGAUACCCCUCCCACUACCCCUCCCGCUAAUUUUAAUGGUGCACGUGAGAGAAAUAUCAGUUUUGGCAGUAAUGAGCUUGAUGAGAGGGAGGAUGAUGAUGAUACAGAAGGCUUUCAAAGCAUAGAUGAAAACAGACGAGAGUUAUAUUACCUUGGAAUCAUAGAUGUGUUGACAUUUUAUGGAGCUGGAAAAAAGGCUGCACAUGCCGCUAAAACAGUGAAACAUGGGGCCGGGGCUGAAAUUUCAACGAUAAAACCGGAGAAUUAUGCCAAGAGAUUCCUGGAUUUAAUGGAAAGAAUAUUUGCAUAGAUGUAUUUACAGGAAUUUUAGAGUAUACAGUAUGCAUUUAAAUGUACAAUUUACAUUGUUGAACAUCACACGCUAACCCUUUGAAAUGCCAAAGCUCAAAAAACAUGUACAUUGAAUGACACUGUCAUUAUGAAUUAAUGUUAAUUAUUAUUUUUAAUUUGAGACUGCAUGAGCAUAGUCAGGAUUAUUUCAAAUUCUUUAUUACUGUUGAUGUUUUUGACUUUUCUUUGACACCGUUACUUAAAUUCAUUAGAAGCAGUUUCUAGCUGCUAGGAAGUGAAGUUGUCUUAAUGAUAUUUGUCCCUUCUUAAAAAACACUUGCUUUCACAAUAUCUUGCGUGCUAGUAGAACAGCUUUUAUCGUGUUUGACAACUUUUAUUGUAUUGUUUUCUUGUAAACGCAAACAUUUUGUGAAUAUAUUUCUCUCCAGAAGACACAAAUAAUGUUACCCACUAAAUUUUCAACUUUUUUAAAGAAUGCCCUUAUCUUCUAAAUCUGUUUAAUAUUAAUUUAUUUCAUCGUGGAUGUUACAAAUUUUUUGAAAGGAAAGUAAUCCAUAAUAAGGAAGCCUUAACUGUGUUAACAUUAAAACAUUUUGUUUUUCUAGACAGUAAGCUUUCUUUGUUUAUUUCAAUCUUUGAAUUAGUAGUCGAUUAAUUUCUCUUAAUAUUUGUAAAGGAAAAUAGUUAUUGAUUAUUUUUCAGGGUUUCAAGGGUAGUGGCAUCUUAAUGCUUAUAUAUUACGGCUAAAAUUAAUGAUGUUAAGUCAUGGAAUUGCUAUCUUGGCUUGGCAGGUUGAGUAGUCUUUGCCAGUCACUCAAUGUGUGCGGUUUCUUUGUAAGUUGUAGUUUUUUGAAGGCCUGCCAGGGAAAUGGAUAUCUGUGUUUUGUUCCUGUUUGCAUUGAUUGUUACAGUUUUGCAAAUGUUGUAAAUUGACAGGUCCUGUGGGAAAUUAGAUGCAGUUUUGUUGACGGUUUACAGUUCAUGUUAGGCCUAGUGUCCCAGGUGCUCAGUAUAAUCGUUGCUUGUUCCAAUCCAUUUUACCCUGGCAGUGUACCUUACGGCUCUCUAACAGAUUGCAGAUAUUAACAGCCUAGUUCAACUUUUUUUGAAACAGUAAUGUAUUGUGAUUGUAACUUAUAAAUCAAGUUGUGAAGCUUUUGAAUUAGGUAAUACUAAUAGGAAGUACUUUGUACACAUGGAGCUAUUAGCCCUACUUGAAGAACUUGAAAAGGGAGAUUUUGUUUUAGAUAUAAAUGUUAGGUACCCCACCCCACCUUACCCCACAUAAAGUAAGUCAAACUGUCAAGACUCACUUAUCAACGUAUAUUUGCUUGUUACCAAAGGAAGUAUUGUCAUGGUCUCUUUUUAGAACCCAUUUUUCCCUACUAAUUUGGUUUAGUGCCAAUAAGUGCCUCUUCCCCACUUUAACAUAAGCACCCUAUUCCAACUGGCACCCCUCUAGCCAAUAGCACCUCUAUAAAUAUGCAACUAAGCCAACUAUUUUUAAAUUACAGCAUCUUCAGAAGGCAUUGAGGCCAUCGGUUUGAUUCAUCUUUCCUCCGAACGGCUCUCCUCAUGCCUGCAUUACAAUGCAACCAUCCAAUUUCCAUGUAAAGGAAGAUCCCAUUUUCAUUUUAUGCACUUUCCUGUUAAUGUCAAAAAUGAAAUAAGCUCCUUAUCCCUUAAAAGUGCCCCUCCCUCUUGGCCCACAAAAUAAAUAACUGGCUAGGCAUUAAAUUGAAUUAUUCAGGUAUAUGGAAAACUUAAACAUGUUAGGUAGUUUCAUUUCAUUGUAUUUCUACAUAUGGGAAUAUUAAAUUCUUUGUCAACAUCUAUGUGUGAGCCAACCAUUACUUUUUUGCUCUGCUUAACUUUCAAGAAAGCUGAGUUAGAUAAUCACAGCAGUUGCCUGAGAUACUAGCCUGCUAAGCAGAUGUCCUUAUGGCGUCUCACGCAAUUUUCCUCCCUCAUUUGGAAGGAGAGAUUGUCUGAUGAGCUAUAAGGAGAUUUGCAUUUGAGUUUUCUGAGAAACAGGGUUUUCCUUCAUUUUUCUAUGGUAAUUUCAACCCUUUCACUUCUAGUGUUCAGUGUUAAAUUACGUGCUUACAUAACGUUUAUGUUUUAGCUGUGAACGCUGUGUGUGAGCAUUCAAAUGAAAGCUGUUGAACAGUAGGUUAUUUGGUGCUGUUUGCUUUUCAACAUUCUGCAAUAUUUGAUUUUAUCUUUUUAAAAAAACACAGUCUUAAGCACUUUUGUAAAAAUGUGUGAGUGAAAGGGUUGUUGCCCAUGAACAGGACCAACAUCCCUUUUUAACAAUCAUUCUAAUGCUUUGUAUGAAAAGUUCAUUUACAAAAUCUCCCUUUUAGCAAGCAAGACCUUUUGCUAAGGGUUUUAGUCUAUAACUUAACAAGGGAAGGUUUCUGCAACUUGACUUUCAAAAUUCUUAACUUUUUUAAGAAGUCGAAGAACAUUUCCACUUAUCUACUAGUAAGAAAGUUAUCACUAUUGUAUACAGCUAUAAAAUUUGCCAUUGUUAAUAAAUGUAAAAACAUGUUGUAUUGUAAGUGAUGAUGCUUGUAAACCCUUCAUUAAAAUUUGUUGUAAUAUGAA